UGAUGGUCUUUGGGAGUCUCUAAUCAGCUCCCCUUGAAGUUUUGCAAGUCAUGCCAAAUCGAUCCUAAACAUGCAAAUUUGACUUUCCUAAGGUAGAAGACGCAAUUAGGUAUGCGCUGCCAAGCGCGCAAUUGCCCCAAAAAAAAUAAAGGUUUUUUUUUACAAGCGUACCCUUAAUAUGGUCACUUUGCUCGGUUCUAACCCUAUCCUCCAAAUUGAUUGCGCAGUUUCCCUCUCCUGCAUCCACUUCGGAUCAAAAUUGACAUCACGAGUCACGACAACCUUCCGUCUGUCAAUGUUCUUACAUGUGGACCUGAAGCUUACAUGUGGGACCCGUGUUCUCUUUCCCCUUCCCUUGUCCACCCAAAUUUAGGCCUUGUUCGUAUCGGUGGGAUUGGGUUGUUCCUGGUCUUUUCCGGGCGAAAUAGAUUGGGCCGGAUUGAAAUUUGGUUGGAGCCGCUGGAACCGUUCGUUUGGGCCUGGACUGGAUGUAAACCUGACCCAGUUCAGAUUUUCUCCUCCUUCCACGGCCUGGAACAAACACUGGCACAAUCACCUCCGGAUCGGAUCCUGGCUGUAGGGCACGACGCAGCACUGGCGCCGCAGGAGGUGAAGAGACGGCGGCGCCGCACAACUCCGACGGCAAGUCUCCCCACCACCUUCUCACCAAUCCCUACAACACCAAUUAUAGUUGGGGAAGGUGAACCUCCUCCCUCUUGGGAUCCGGUACCAACUCCAAAAGGUUUUCCCAGCCGCCAUUCUGCGAUCACGCCUGUUCUGUUUUUUCCUGCUGCGAUCUGCGCUUGUGCGAUCGGCCGUCAGGUUACGGCACACAACGACGCCGGCGUCUGUCGUCGUCCGCUUGAUCGGCAACUGGGUAGCGUCGCAGCGAACGAGCGAUCUUGUCGCCUGAUCCAUUGAUCCAACUGUGUUGGAAGAACGGCGUCGUCUGCAAACAGCGAGGCAGAGAAGCUUCGGGCGCGGCAAAGCAGCGGCGUCUUGCGCAUAGCUACGGCGGGCGUGGACAGAACAGCGGCAGGGCGGGGAGAAAAGACAAGAUGGAUAGAAGAUGGGUUUAUGGGAAACAAUUCACACCUGCAUAUGUGAAAGGAGUUGAAGAGUUCAUGAAUUUUGUUACUGAAAGAUACCCAGAAGACACAGACAUUCGUUGUCCGUGCGUGAAUUGUCUUAAUCAAAGGUUGCGACCUCAGAGUGAAGUAGAAACUCAUAUACACAUUUAUGGAAUGUCAGCUACAUACACGAGGUGGAUUCAUCAUGGGGAGUCGGCAGAUACAGAAGUUGAGGGUAUAGAGGAGGAUGUCGAAGGAUAUGAUAAUGACUUUGGGAUAAAUAUGGAUGUGGACGAUGAUGUUUACGAUGAUGAUCAUGGAGUACCUGAGAUGAUCGGUGAACUGUUUGCAACGGCAGAGGCUGAUGGAGAAGAGCCAAGAUUUGCAGGAGUUCUUGGAGAUGCAAAGAAGGCACUUAGUCCGGGUUCUAGCCAUUCAAAAUUUUCUUUUAUGGUGAGGAUGUUGUAUAUGAAGUCUCGUUAUCGAAUCAGCAAUACAGCAUUUUCAGCAAUGAUGAAGCUGAUGUCCGAUGGAUACCCUAAUAGUGAGUUGCCAAAAUCAUAUAAUGAGGCCAUGAAAUAUCUUAAAGAAUUGGGCCUUGGAUACGAAAACAUCCAUGUGUGCAAGAACAAUUGUGUGUUGUUUCGGAAUGUUAAUGCUAAAUUGAAUGAGUGCCCAGUAUGCACAGAGUCUAGAUGGAAAGAUGAAACUGGUUCGAAGCGGGUUCCACAUAAGGUUUUGAGGCAUUUUCCACUGUUGCCAAGGUUGAAAAGAAUUUUUGCUUCAAAACAAACUUCAGAGGAAACACAAUGGCACAAGAAAGUGAGGAAGCCAGUCGCCAAUGUGAUGAGCCAUCCAGCUGAUGGGGAAGCGUGGAAGGACUUUGACCGAAAGUACCCAGGUUUUGCAAAUGAUCCGAGGAACCUGAGGCUAGCCUUAGCUACCGAUGGAUUCAAUCCAUUUGGCAACAUGAGUACCCAGUACAGUAUGUGGCCAGUGCUUGUGACACCGCUUAAUCUCCCACCAUGGGAAUGCGUGAAUCCAACAAACUGCUUUAUGUCUUUACUCAUCCCAGGUCCAAGAUGUCCAGGAAAGGAUUUUGAUUUAUGAGUACCAGGAAAAAUUUUGUAAGGAACAGGGCUAGGCCGGAAGGAUCAAUUGCUGAGGCAUAUAUGUCAAGUGAUACCUUAACAUUUUGUUCUAGGUACAUGAAGGAUGUUGACACUAGAUUUAACCAGGAUGAUGAUAGUGGUACAGAGAUGCCAUUGCCUAAUGACAUGUCUGUUUUUAAGCAUGGUGCUACUCUUGUUGGAGGUACUAAGACUGAGUACAUUGAUGAUGCUACCAUGAAUAAGUUAGUUUGGUAUGUGCUACAUAAUGCUGAUGAAGUACAGGAAUAUUUGACGUAAGUUAGUUUGUCUGUACAGGGAGGAGCUAUCGCAGCAAGGUGCACGUCCAAAUGAUGUUGAUCGAAUGGUUCAACAAGGAUUUGCAAAGUGGUUUAUGUCCCAU